AUGUCAGGGCAUCACCGCAUCACCCUCGCCGCCAACCCCCCCUACUUCGAUGGCGACAAGUCCAAAUACCUGGGCUUUGUGGACGCGUGCACCACUUACAUCGGUGCCUAUCGAUCGGAGUUCUCACAAGAUGAGACCAAAAUCCUCUUUGUCCUCUCCUACCUCCGUAACGAGAACGGCACGAGCUGCGCUGCCUCGAGAUGGGCGAUGAACUGGAAGCAGCACAACUUCGAUGGCUUCCAGGGACUGAAGGCAGGAGUCACAUCAAAGAACUUCCUGGAGGAGUUUCAGGGGGCGUUCGGGGACUCCAAUGCGGAACAAGUCGCCGCUGCUCGGCUUAUGGCCCUGCGUCAAAACAAACGAUCCUUCGCGGACUACAUCUCCGACUUUGAGAUGUUGGCCGCGGAUGCAGGCUACAAUGUGGUUGACACCACCGACGACAAAGGCGAAUACAAGAAGGGGGACCAGGAUAAUAUCCUCAUCGAGUUCCUGGAGCGCGGACUCAGCAGCGAGAUCGCCAGCCGUCUCUACAACACCGGUGUCCCUCUGCCCAAGGCCUAUGGAGCGUUCAAAGCCUGGUGCAUCAACAUCGAAGCCAAUGCUCUGCGUGACCAGCUGCGCAAAGCGUCGUAUGGGCACCCCACACAACGACCACCUCCCCAGUUCCGUCCCCAAACGGCACCAGUGGCGCCCACACCCGCUCCGGCCCGACCCGCUGCCAACGAACCGGUUCCGAUGGAAAUUGAUCGUACCCACGCCCGCGGCCGCAAUAUCAUCUGCUACAACUGUCAGCAGCCCGGGCACAUUGCGCGGAACUGCCCGGAGCCCAAGAAGAAGCGCACGUUCUUCAAUCGGGCCACAAUGCUGGAAGAAAUCGAGAACGGGGACAAGGACAACGAGUUCCUGAAGGAGAUUGCCGAGAAGCUGCGCGAGAAGGGUUUUUGA